AGGAACAGAAAGAAUGUCUGUCUUUUUUUGAGGAACAGAAAGAGAGCUGUAAAAUAGAGACUUUCACAAGCUGUUUAACAGACACUAUGACUGUACUGUACGCAUACAGUUCUGCUGCUCCUCAGAUGUUCACAGACGUUAACUGUGACAGAGAACACACUGCAGCCCUCCACUAUUUUCUUCAUUGACUGGGACAUGUUAUACUUUUGGAACCAAACUAACCAUUAGAGAAUGACUUUGUAACCUUUUAAGUACCAUUCAACUGGAGCUGUUAGUCACCAAGGAGAAAGGCAUCUGAAAGGAAUAAAUAAGAAGAAAGGCUCCAUACUGUUUGCAGCACUCCGACGGGUGUUACUGUAUCAAACCAACAUUCAUACAGAUUUCAACCGGAUCCGAACAAUCAUCUCAGUAGAUUUGACUGUUGUUGGGAGAGAUGAGAGCCAUGUUUUCCCUGUUCCUGUUGAUUCAGAGUGUUAGUGGAUGGAUGCAUCCUAAAUGCCACGUUUAUAACAGCGAGGAAUACUUUCCCACCUGGAACUACUGUCCUUUGGCAGAACAGUACACUGCUGCCUGUCGAGAUGUCACAGCCGUCGAGGAGGAUCUGCUUGGACUUCCCUCUAAUAUCAAUACCCUCUGCAUAUCUAUGAAACGUGGGGGAAAUAGUUCCAUGUCUCUGGGCUUUUUCGCUCGUUUUCAGUAUUUGGAGUAUCUGUACAUUGGAGGCUGUUUUCCUCAAAUCCUUCCAGCUGGGAAUAGCCAGGGCCUUCAAAAUCUGCAACAUAUGUACAUUAAUGGAUUGGUCACUGGGUGCUGCGAUUGUCAUAUUGGGCCUAACACAUUCAGAGAUCUAGUCAAGCUAAGUAAUUUGACCAUAUUUAAUUAUAGGCUAUCAGCAAUGGCACCAGAUGUUUUCCAUUACAUACCUCAAUUACAAAGUGUCUAUAUUCAUGAACCCUGUGUAGAGAAUUUGUCAGAAAUACUAUGCAGAAUAGUUAAUAUAAUUUCACUUACAAAGUUAAAUGUACAUGCACCAAAUAUACAAUCUUUAAACCAAUCAAACUGCUCCAUCUUAAAAGCUACCGAAAGCAAUCUAACAAGCGUCAAUUUAGAUUUCAGUCAAAUAAACCAUAUAGAGGAAGGUGCACUGGCCUGUCUCCAGAACCUGACACGUUUUUCUGGGGACCUAAACCAGGAUGUCCUACUGCGCCUUCCCCUGUCUGGCAUUAAGCAAAUCCAGCUCUUGUAUUCUUAUGGUAGGAAUAGCAUUGAUUUUGAAAGUAUCUGUAAUGUAGUGUUUUUGCUUUCAAUCAAGGAAAUACAUGUUGCCAAUGUCAAUACAAGCAGCCUCUCCAUGUCCAGUGUUGAAUUGUGCAUUGGGCUGGAAUAUAUGGGUUUUGAUGGACCUGGAGCAUUCCAUUCUUCUCCCCAUUUGAAAUGGAAUUUUAUUUCCAGUCUCAAAAACCUUAAAAUGUUAUAUGUAUCUGGCCAGACAGAAAACAGUCUUGACCUCUGCUCAUUCCGAGAAAAACCAAUCACAUGGUUAACAGAACUCACUUUCAUGUCGAGCAAUGUACAAACGCUUUUUGCAAAACGGUUCAGCUGUCUUGAGAACCUGCGGUCUCUAGAUUUGUCAUGUAGUUUCAUUUCAAACAUUGAAGACUUUGCUUUCUUCGGAUUGGCAAACCUGGAGUCCUUAGACAUGACACAAAAUAGUAUAACCCAGUUGUAUGCAAACACGUUUGUCGGUUUACAUAGUUUGACAUUGUUAGACCUCAGGGAAAAUCCACAGAUCUACAAUAUUGAAGCAAUGUCUUUCGCACAACUUACCUGUCUAAGACAAGUGUUUCUGGGGUACUUGAACUAUGCACCAAGAGAACCCGUGAUAAAGCUGAAUCUGACACUUGUAUUCGGUGCCGUUCUGAGUCACCUGACUCAUCUGUACAUUAGUUCAGGUAUGAGGCCAAUGCAGUUGAUUAUUGGCAGUAACAUCACAUCUAAACAGAACCUGAGUCUCCAACUCAAAGGCCAGACGGUGUCAUUUGAAGACUGUGACAGACCCUUCUUUCAGUCUGUAACCCAUCUUCAUGCUGAUGCUGAAGAAUUCCUUUGUGGAUCUGAAUUCAUGGGAAAGUACUUCAGGUCUGUGGAGACAUUUGUGUACAGGUCAAAGCUCUCGGCUAAAAGUGUGGAUUUAACAUCAAUGAAUCAGCUGAUUCACCUGAGGAAACUGACUCUAGUACAGGUGGAUCUUUUAAUACAGCGUUCUGCCGACAUCAUUUUUCACAACCUGACCAAACUGGAGGUUCUGAAACUUUCAAACUGCAGGAUUGACUCUUUGGAGGGGGGUUUAACUAAAGACUUUAAAUCCUUGAAAACGUUAUAUUUGCGUAUCGAGAACGUUUUUCAUGUAAUCUACAGCUUUACUGAACCUCUCUCUAGCCUAAAGUAUUUGAUACUUGAUACAUUACAGAUGUUUUGCAGUUGUGACAAUGCUUGGCUCAUUGCAUGGGCAAAGGGGUACAGGCCGGUUGAAGUGAUCAUGCUUAAUCAUGAAGUUAUGUAUAAUUUAGAGGACUUGAUAUGCUUGUCAGACAAUGGACUAGACACACCUAACUUUGUCAAGUACACAGAAGCCAACUGCACAACAGAGGUGGGCUUUGUGCUCUUUGCUGCGACUGGCCUGGGAGUCAUCUUCUUCAUGCUGGUGGUGCUGGUCCAUAAUCUGGCCGGUCCUUACCUCCUCCCCCUCUACUACAUCAUCCUUGGCUGGCUGUCGGAGGCGAUGCGAUCAAACACCAGGGGGCGCUACCACUAUGAUGCGUUUGUCUCCUACAGCGGGAAGGACGAGCGCUGGGUGGUGGAGGAGCUACUACCCAACCUGGAGAAGAGGGGUCCCCCUUUCCUACGCCUCUGUCUGCACAGCAGGGACUUCCAGCUGGGGAAGGACAUUGUGGAGAACAUCACAGACAGCCUCUACCGGAGCCGUCGCACACUCUGCCUGGUCAGUCGCCACUACCUGCACAGUAAUUGGUGCUCCCUGGAGAUGAAGCUGGCCACCUCCAGACUGCAGGUGGAACAAAGGGACAUCCUCCUCCUGGUCUUCCUGGAGAAGAUCCCCCCUCGCAGGCUGUCUGCCCACCACAGGCUGGCUCGCCUGGUGAAGACCAGGACCUAUCUGGACUGGCCCCAGAACCCCCAUCAGCACCAGGCAUUCUGGGACAGACUUUGGGCUAAACUGAAACCUCCAACUGAAGCCUGAGAUCAGAGGUUUAUGAAGAAUCUUGUGUUAAUGCUGAGACAAAUAAUGUUAGCAGAUUUGUUGAGGUAUUGCAUUUGCAGUUAAAAGUCCUCUGUACUAAGAGCCUCCUGAGUGGCGCCGCGGUCUAAGGCAUGCAUCGCAGUGCUUGAGGUGUCACUACAGACCUGGUUCGAUCCCAGGCUGUGUCACAGCCUGCCGUGACCGGGAGACCCAUGAGGUGGCGCACAAUUGGCCCAGCGUCGUCCAGGUUAGGGGAGGGUUUGGCCCAUCUCGCUCUAGCGACUCCUUGUGCUGUGCCGAGCGCCUGCAAGCUGACUCCUUGGGGCGGGCAGGCACCUGCAUCUCGGUCACCAGCUAGACUGUGUAUCCUUCUUCCGCGUCAAAAAGCAGUGUGGCUUGGCAAGAUCGUGUUUCAGAGGACGGAUGGCUCUCGACCUUCGCCUCUCCUGAGUUCGUAGGGGAGUUGCAGCUUUGGGACAAGACUGUAGCUACCAAUUGGGGAGAAAAAGUUUUUUUAAAUGAUUUCAUAAUCCUCGGUACAAAACGUCUACCGGUAUUUGAGGCUUGUUUAGACAAUUCUGAUUCCUUAAAUUAAAUAAGCCUGUUUUAUUUUUUCUCUCCAAAUUCAACACCUUAUCACUAACACACAUAUUUGUUUGUGUCUUUGUUGCUUAGAGGACCUAAAAAAGUCUCUAUCACUGGUUUUAUACUAUUUGUGUUGUAUAUCAGGGUAAAACCAAUGUAGCCAUCUGCUGUAUGCUGCUUUGAAUGACAAUGCAUGAAUGACCAUGAACCAUUUAUUUUAAUUUCAACAUAGAUCAGAGGUUUGUACGUACAUUUAGUUGUUAGUUGUUUAACAAAUGUUUUGUCUGUAUAUGGUCUGCCAUAUUUGUCAUUUAACAAUUCUUAACUCAUGGGUGUGGGGAGGUGACUCCCUUUCUGGACAAUUGUUAUUUCUGCGCUAUAUUUGUGAGUUGGCGGGAACCUUGUUUUAUUGAUUUAUUUGACUAUUGAUAACUGUUAACAUUUAAAUACCUUACCGUGAUUGUUUUCAAUUAAAAUGGUCAAAAAGAAACAAAAGUGGUGUUUUAGCAAAUAGCAAUUUCUCAAGCAAGGAUUAGUGACGUCGCCAGGAUUGGUGACGUCGCCAAAACAGGCUGAAAUUUCAGGCAAUCUUUUCAAACAGCUCUUACACUAAAAGGGCAUUAUCAUCACUUUCACAAAUUCACAGCAUUAUUCUAACCUCAUUGUGUGUAAAUAUAUAUAAAACACAGGAAAAACACGCUUUUGACUGCGUUGGGCCUAAAAAAACAAUUUCCCUGCCUUAGCAUAAGCAGAAGGAGUUAUCUAUAUUUUCAACGACCACAGAGAACUGUCCUCUUAUCAGACCAGUUUUCAGCAGCUUGCCUAGACCAGCAAUGAACUGGCUAUGGUAGGCCACAGAAUAGGCCUGUUAUGGCUGUCUAGCCUCCAUUAUUAUGGUGUCUGAUGGAGAGUACAGCCUUAUCAGUAUAAGCCACAGAGAAGCAUCAUCCCUCAAGCUAGAGGUCAAGUCUUCCCCGGGAGUAACCUUGGCUAAGACCUGAAUAAUUUAUGUUAGUUCCUUGAGGCUUGAGCUCUGUGGGCAAACACAAGCUAUAGACUCGGGUUCAUACCCAGUUGGUCACAGAAGCAUCUCUCUAGCCACAAGUUAAGCCCUCCCCAGGUCUUCCUAGUGGUCGUCCAGGGUGAAAGUUGCAGACGGGCCAGGGGGUCCCGUUCUUUUUCAAGGUGACUAUGGACUCCAUAGAGAGAAGGGGGAGACACACACAUGACAUUGUCACAGGGAAAGCCAGGGAGAUAAGACUGGAAAGCUGUUAAUGUCGGCGCUGCCUAGGUGGGUGGGUAGAUUUACAGAGGGGAGGGCGCGGCAGACUAAUCUCAGGAUUUCUGCUACGUUUUCCGCCACACAAUUUACAUCCGUCGUACUGUGCAUUCCUAUAGAGUCGACCAGAUACCUGUCAGUGAGUACAGUAUGAUAUCGACCCAGAGUGGAGACUGUCGGCGAGCCAGAUUUUUUUCAUGAAGGUAACGCAAAGUAACAUAAAUAGGAAUAUAACGUGUUACUUAAAUGUAAUGAUUAAUAUGUACUUUUUCAAGUAACUAAUCCCAACACUCUGGUGGUAACUAGUGGGAAAUAUAUUACUUUUUCAAGUAACUAAUCCCAACACUGGUGGUCACUAUCGGGCAUAGCCACAGUCAUAAAAUCUGAUUUUGAACCUAACCUUAACCACACUGCUAACUUUAUGCCCAACCUUAAACUAAAAGCUCAUUUUGGUUUUCAAACAUGUUUUACUAUAUAGCCAAUUUUGACUUUGCGGCUGGCCCAUUUAACGGAAAACGCUCAGCUGGGCCUCCAGGAGAAGAUUCAUCCCUAUAAACGUCAACCUGCAUAAAGGCAUAUGCUACAGAGCUCUGGAGAAGACUACAGUAGCAGAUAAUGGUGACAUACUUGAAGUGAAAUCCCAAAUUCAAGGACAUUAGGAAAUGGCGGCACUCCAAAAUGGUCAAGAAGACUUAGUGACGGGAGGACACAUUGCUCUGUCUCCUCCCUUUCCACAUGUGGUGUGUGUAUGGGUAUGUGCGUGUAGCUGUGAUGUUCAUUGCUAAGAUCAUUUCCAAGAACUUCCUCUAUUUACAGGCGCCUGAUGAGCUUUCCUGUAACCCAUAUUUAUACCAAAUAAAUCAUUUUUAAAAGUU